CCAAAAAUCCUCCCUUUUGGAUGCUAUAAAGAGGUGCCAAAGCCACAUUCCAAAGCCCUCACACUUUCUUUACUCAAAACACCUCUAUUGUCUUUUAAUUUCUCUCUAGUUUUUGUGCGUCUUUUCUGGUUGCCUCUACUUCACUUCAUUUCUUCAAUUGAUCAUACACACAAACGUAAGAGAGAGCUAUGGGUAGUGAAGCUGUUGAGUAUUUUGAUUGCGAUUGCUUGAUCUCCAACAAAGUUCAUUGUGAUUUACCAAAAUCCAAUCACCUUGGUGGUUUGUUAUCAAUGGAGGAUUUGAAUCAUUUUCAUGAUGAUGAUGCCUCUAAUUGGUUUGAGGAAGAGCUUGAUGAUGACUUGAAAUGGUCAUUUGCUUUGAACAGGGUUUUGCACAAGGGGACAAGCGUAUAUCAGGAUAUAGCACUUUUGGACACUAAGAAAUUUGGCAAAGUAUAGUACUUAUUUCCUCGUCACUUAAUUUCAACUAUUCAUUGUUGGAAUCGAGAAUGAACACAUAUUUUGACAAUAAUUAAUUUAUUCUUUCAAUUUGGAUAACAGGUUUUGGUGAUUGAUGGGAAGAUGCAGAGUGCAGAAGUGGAUGAAUUUAUUUAUCAUGAAUGUUUGAUUCAUCCAGCUCUCUUAUGCCACCCAAAUCCAAAAACAGUGUUCAUAAUGGGAGGAGGUGAAGGGUCGGCCGCCAGGGAAGCACUGAGACACAAAUCCAUCGAAAAAGUGGUCAUGUGUGAUAUUGAUCAGGAGGUGGUUGAUUUUUGCAGAAGAUAUCUAACAGCAAAUCAUGAGGCAUUCCGAAACACUAAGCUUCAUUUAGUCAUCAAUGAUGCCAAAGCCGAAUUAGAGGCGAGGAAGGAAAAAUUCGAUAUAAUAGUAGGAGAUUUGGCCGAUCCAGUUGAAGGCGGACCUUGUUAUCAGCUCUACACAAAGUCAUUCUAUGAAAACAUUCUCAAGCCUAAGCUUAAUGACAAUGGCAUCUUCGUUACUCAGGCUGGUCCAGCAGGAGUGUUCACUCAUAAGGAAGUAUUUUCAUCAAUCUACAACACCAUCAAACAAGUCUUCAAAUAUGUUCUUGCUUACACAGCUCAUGUACCAUCUUUUGCUGAUACUUGGGGAUGGGUCAUUGCCUCAGACCAGCCAUUUUGCCUUGAUGCUGGGAAGAUAGACAAAAAAAUGGCUGAAAAAAUUGAUGGAGAACUCCUCUACCUAAGCGGUGCCUCCUUUUUCUCCUCAACUAUCUUGAAUAAAACUGUUGCCAAAACAUUGAAGAAUGAAACUCAUGUUUACACUGAGGAGGAUGCAAGGUUUAUUCAUGGUCAUGGCGUCGCUUAUCGGAUUUAA